ACCUGUUACCACAACAGCACAACAAACAACAGCUUCUACUUCAACUGCCAUUGAAAGUACAACUGUCAGUGCAGCUGAAACUUCCACAACACCAGCAAGUACAAUGGCAGUAGAAUCCUCAGCAACCACAACCCUUGCUGAAACAUCCACCAUUAGUGGACCUGUUACCACAACAGCACAACAAACAACAGCUUCUACUUCAACUGCCAUUGAAAGUACAACUGUCAGUGCAGCUGAAACUUCCACAACACCAGCAAGUACAACGGCUGUAGAAUCCUCAGCAACCACAACCCUUGCUGGAACAUCCACCAAUAGUGGACCUGUUACCACAACAUCACAACAAACAACAGCUUCUACUUUUACUUCAGCCACUCCCACUUCAACUGCCAUUGAAAGUACAACGGUCAGUGCAGCUGAACCAUCCACAACGCCAUCAAGUACAUCAACAGUAGGAUCCUCAGCAAUCACAACCCUUGCUGGAACAUCCAGCAAUAGUGGACCUGUUACCACAACAGCACAACAAACAACAUCUUCUACUUUUACUUCAGCCACUCCCACUUCAACUGCCAUUGAAAGUACAACUGUCAGUGCAGCUGAAACUUCCACAACACCAGCAAGUACAACAGCAGUAGAAUCCUCAGCAACCACAACCCUUGCUGGAACAUCCACCAAUAGUGGACCUGUUACCACAACAGCACAACAAACAACAGCUUCUACUUCAACUGCCAUUGAAAGUACAACUGUCAGUGCAGCUGAAACUUCCACAACACCAGCAAGUACAAUGGCAGUAGAAUCCUCAGCAACCACAACCCUUGCUGAAACAUCCACCAUUAGUGGACCUGUUACCACAACAGCACAACAAACAACAGCUUCUACUUCAACUGCCAUUGAAAGUACAACUGUCAGUGCAGCUGAAACGUCCACAACACCAGCAAGUACAACGGCUGUAGAAUCCUCAGCAACCACAACCCUUGCUGAAACAUCCACCAUUAGUGGACCUGUUACCACAACAGCACAACAAACAACAGCUUCUACUUCAACUGCCAUUGAAAGUACAACUGUCAGUGCAGCUGAAACUUCCACCACACCAUCAAGUACAUCAACAGUAGGAUCCUCAGCAAUCACAACCCUUGCUGGAACAUCCACCAAUAGUGGACCUGUUACCACAACAGCACAACAAACAACAGCUUCUACUUUAACUUCAGCCAUUCCCUCUUCAACUGCCAUUGAAAUUACAACUGUCAGUACAGCUGAGACAUCCACAACACCAGCAAGUAUAACAACAGCAGAAUCAUCUGCAGUUACAACAUCUCUUACUGGAUCAUCCACCACUAAUGAAGCAGAUACCACAACAGCACAACAAACAACAACUUCUACUUUUACAUUGGCCACUCCCUCUCCAUCUGCUUUUGAAAGUACAUCUAUAACCACAGCUGAAUCCUCUACAACACUAGCAGCAUCAACACCUUCAACAACAACAGGACUCAUGACAGCCAAAACAACUAGUAAAGAUGAUACCGUAACAGCUUCUACUUCUUCUUCUUCAGCUGCCACAGAAAGUACAACUAUUACUGCAGCUGACUUGACCACAACACAAACAGCUACAGCAAAAUCAACAACAACAACAGGGCACUUAGCAGCCACAACAACUCUUGCUGAAAUAUCCACCACUACUGCAGGACUUACCUUGACAACACCACAAACAACUGUUACUACAGGCACAACAUUGAUUCCUUCUUCAAAAGCCAUAGAAAGUACAACAGUUACUACAGAUGGAUUUUCUACAACACUGUAUACAACUGCUGCAAAAAUAGUAUCUGAGGUGCUAACAAAGUUGGAGUUUCGCUCUAUCGACACAUUUAUUCCUGAACUCAGCGAUCCAAACUCUCAGGCUUUCAAGAAUAGGGCACAGCUUGUUAAGGACAAUCUUGAACCAUUAUACAGAGCCAAGUAUCCUUCCUUCAUAAGAGUCAUUGUCCUACAAUUCAGAUCUGGGUCAAUCAUCACCACAACUGAUUUAGUUUUCAACUCUACACAGUCUGUGCCAUCAACAACUGAGAUUGCAACCACAUUACUGACAUCAACAACUGCUAUUAAUUCCCUGAACUUGACAUCUGCUUCUGUCACAAUUAAUGGGACAGCCAUUACAUUAGAAACAACCUCCACUGCUGAACCAACCAUAGGGUCCACAACAGCCACAACUUUUUUGGCUACUUCCUCCUCAACUGCCAUUGACAGCACAACUGUUAAUACAGCUGAAACGUCCACAACACCAGCAAGUCAAACAACAGCUCAAUUCUCUGGAGUCACCACAACUCUUGCUGGAACAACAAUUAAUAGUGUAGCAGUUACCACAACAGGACAACAAACAACAGCUUCUACUUUUACUUCAGCCACUUCCUCCUCAACUGGCAUUGACAGUACAACUGUUAAUACAGCUGAAACACCCACAACCCCAUCAAGUACAACAAGAGUUGAAUCCUCAGCAAUUACAACAAUUGUUGCUGGAACAUCCACAACUAGUGGAGCAGUUCCCACAACAGGAAAACAAACAACAGCUUCUACGUUUACUCCUGCCACUUCCUCUUCAACUGCCAUUGAAACGACAAAUGUCAGUACAACUGAAACAUCCACAACACCUGCAAGUACAACAACAGCAGAAUCCUCAGCAAUUACAACAACUCUCACUGGAAUAUCCACCACUAGUGGAGCAGUUACCACAACAGCACAACAAACAACAACUUCCACAUUUUCUUCGGCCAAUCCCUCUUCAACUGCAUUUGAAAGUACAGCAGUUAGUAUGGCCCAAACAUCCAUAACACCAACAACUGCAACAACAGGAUCCUCAACAGCCACAACAACUGCUGGAGCAUCCACCACUACUGGACCAGUUACCACAACAGCACUACACACAACAGCUUCAACUUUUACUUCAGCCACUCCCUCUUCAACUGCAUUUGAAAGUACAACUUUUAGGACAGCCGAAACAUCCACAACACCAAAAACUGCAACAACAGGAUCCUCAACAGCCACAACAACAACUGCUGGAGCAUCCACCACUACUGGACCGGUUACCACAACAGCACUACACACAACAGCUUCAACAUUUACUUCAGCCACUCCCUCUUCAACUGCAUUUGAAAGUACAACUUUUAGGACAGACGAAACAUCCACAACACCAAAGACUGCAACAACAGGAUCCUCAACAGCCACAACAACAACUGCUGGAGCAUCCACCACUACUGGACCAGUUACCACAACAGCUCUACACACAACAGCUUCAACAUUUACUUCAGCCACUCCCUCUUCAACUGCAUUUGAAAGUACAACUUUUAGGACAGCUGAAACAUCCACAACACCAAAAACUGCAACAACAGGAUCCUCACCAGCCACAACAACAACUGCUGGAGCAUCCACCACUACUGGACCAGUUACCACAACAGCACUACACACAACAGCUUCAACUUUUACUUCAGCCACUCCCUUUUCAACUGCAUUUGAAAGAACAACUUUUAGGACAGCCGAAACAUCCACAGCACCAAAGACUGCAACAACAGGAUCCUCAACAGCCACAACAACAACUGCUGGAGCAUCCACCACUACUGGACCAGUUACCACAACAGCACUACACACAACAGCUUCAACUUUUACUUCAGCCACUCCCUUUUCAACUGCAUUUGAAAGAACAACUUUUAGGACAGAUGAAACAUCCACAACACCAAAAACUGCAACAACAGGAUCCUCAACAGCCACAACAACAACUGCUGGAGCAUCCACCACUACUGGACCAGUUACCACAACAGCACUACACACAACAGCUUCAACUUUUACUUCAGCCACUCCCUCUUCAACUGCAUUUGAAAGUACAACUUUUAGGACAGCCGAAACAUCCACAACACCAAAAACUGCAACAACAGGAUCCUCAACAGCCACAACAACAACUGCUGGAGCAUCCACCACUACUGGACCAGUUACCACAACAGCACUACACACAACAGCUUCAACUUUUACUUCAGUCACUCCCUUUUCAACUGCAUUUGAAAGAACAACUUUUAGGACAGCCGAAACAUCCACAACACCAAAAACAGCAACAACCGGAUCCUCAACAGCCACAACAACAACUGCUGGAGCAUCCACCACUACUGGACCAGUUACCACAACAGCACUACACACAACAGCUUCAACUUUUACUUCAGUCACUCCCUUUUCAACUGCAUUUGAAAGAACAACUUUUAGGACAGCCGAAACAUCCACAACACCAAAAACAGCAACAACAGGAUCCUCAACAGCCACAACAACAACUGCUGGAGCAUCCACCACUACUGGACCAGUUACCACAACAGCACUACACACAACAGCUUCAACAUUUACUUCAGCCACUCCCUCUUCAACUGCAUUUGAAAGUACAACUUUUAGGACAGCCGAAACAUCCACAACACCAAAAACUGCAACAACAGGAUCCUCAACAGCCACAACAACAACUGCUGGAGCAUCCACCACUACUGGACCAGUUACCACAACAGCACUACACACAACAGCUUCAACAUUUACUUCAGCCACUCCCUCUUCAACUGCAUUUGAAAGUACAACUUUUAGGACAGCCGAAACAUCCACAACACCAAAAACUGCAACAACAGGAUCCUCAACAGCCACAACAACAACUGCUGGAGCAUCCACCACUACUGGACCAGUUACCACAACAGCACUACACACAACAGCUUCAACUUUUACUUCAGCCACUCCCUUUUCAACUGCAUUUGAAAGAACAACUUUUAGGACAGCCGAAACAUCCACAACACCAAAAACUGCAACAACAGGAUCCUCAACAGCCACAACAACAACUGCUGGAGCAUCCACCACUACUGGACCAGUUUCCACAACAGCACUACACACAACAUCUCAAACAAAAGCUUUUACUCUUUCGCCUGCCACUAAAUUUUCAACUACCUUUAAAAGCACAAAUGUUACUGCAAUCUUAAUAUCCACCAUAUCCUCACCAUCAACGACAACAACAGGACCCCCAAAUGCCAGAACUCUUGCUGGAACAUCCAGCACGAGAGCAGCAGUUAACACUACAGGAAAAACAGCAACUUCAUUUUCUUUGGUUUCUGCUACUUCAAAUGCCUCUGCAACAAAUGCUGGAAAUACAGCAAAAACAACACCAACAACAGGAGCCUUAGCAUCUGUAACAGCAACAACAGGAUCCUUAAACACUACAAAAAGCCAUGCUGCCACAUCCAAACCUACUGCUGCAGUUACUACAACAAAACCCAAAACUACAACAGCCAAAGCAAUAAUUAAUGUAACAACAAGACCCUCAACUAUUGUGACAAAUGCUACUACAGGAGUGCCUGUGAUUUUAACAGAAUUGGUGUUUCGCUCUUUUGACACAUUCACCUCAGACCUCAGUGAUACAAACUCUGCAGGCUUCAAGCAAAGGGCUCAGGAUGUCAAGAAUAGACUUGAACCAAUCUACAAAUUGAAGUAUGCUAACUUCAUCAGCGUCUCAGUCUUAAGUUUCAAACCCGGGUCGAUCAUUACCACAACACAACUAGUUUUCAACUCGACAAAAGCUGUCCCUACUGUAAAUGAAAUUGCAGAUGUCCUCCUGACAUCUGUGGGAACAACAGAAGUUGGGCCACUGAACAUAAUUCCUUCGUCAAUUUCAGUCAAUGGUUCAAUUAUAGCUACUACAACAACAACAGUUGCUACGACAUUAACAACUUCAAGUGGAUCAAAGAUUGAAUCCAGUGUGCUCCAAGCAACAUGCUUCAUUAUUUUGUCAAAGCUAUUUAGGAUUUUCCUGUAGAUUCCCUAACCAUACAUUAACCAAACAGCAAAAUAUGAUCUAAUGACUAAUUUAUACAACUUUUAAAAAUUUUAUUACAUUAAAAGUAUUGACUGUUUUAUAGCAAUCUCAAAAUAUGUGUAUAACAAUAUAAAAUUAUGCAUGAUAAUUUGCCUCUUGGUGAAUAACAUAUUAAUUUAACAGCAGGCUGUUGAAACAAAAAAGAGAUAUAAUUUCUUAAGUUUUGAUGCUGUCCUGUAGGAGGGAGAAGUGGAUCUUUUUCCUUGCUAAUGUAUAGUUUUAGAUUAAAACAAUUAUUUUAUAAUAUUGUGUCUAGUGUAUUCUAAUAUCGAAAGAUGUCAUAUUUUAUUCUAACAAAAUAAACAGAGUUUAUAUGGUCUAAAAUUGAGUGUUAAUUAUUUUGUAUUGGUACGAAGACACACUGACCCACUAUAUCAAUAUCAUUACACUCAAAUACAUGAAUCACCUCAGAUUAUUACAUCUUUAAAUCAGUGUUUCCCAACCACUGUACCGCUGCACACUAGUGUGCCGUGGAAAAUGAUCAAACUCUUAAUUUCAGGGAUCCAAACUCCUCACCUUUCGGAGAAAUUCACCAUUUUGAAACCAUAAUUGAUCACGUUUGUGAUUGUGAAGAAUAAUGAUUAAUGUGCAAAAGUGAGUGAUGUUUAUACGUGUAAAGGGUCAUCACAUGACUCACGUCAGCGCUGCAGAAUACAUUGAAGUCUAUGAAGUGA